AAUUUAUAGACGCAAGGACACGCGAGCUGUGAGCAAAAAGUGACUAACCAAGUGAUCCUAGUGCCAAGUCGUUGCUGGCAAAUUUAAAAUAAACAGUGAAAUUGUCAAACCAAAAACAAAAGCAUAAGAGAAAGAGCCCGAAAACACAAAACAAAAAGCAACCAAAAAAUAGAAUCAAAACAAAACAAAACGCAAAAAAAGAAUAACGAAAGCAAAAACAAAAAAAUACGAAAACGAAAUUUAAACGUCUGCAUAUUAAUCAGUGCUGCCUUCGCGACACGUCCUUACGACGACAGCGUAGGUUUGCAGCUUCCAGCUACGAGCUACAACGAGCAUCAAAACAGAACCCCACAGCAGCAGAGCAGAGGACAACUUAUCACUAAGGAUUUAGAGGCGCCGCUCGCAAAGCCGCUUAGACGUCAGGGACGACGACGACGACGACGACGAGUGGCCAGAGGCAAACGUUAAUCAACGGUCACAGGACCGGACGCAAAGUGCGCUCCUGUCUAGUUGUCUUUCGUGGGAUUCUCUCGCGCUCGCUCAACAUCAACAAAAACAAGAACAACAACCAGUAGCAAGGAAACGUCGCCUCAUUUGGCCACUGCGGAUUAUGUUAAUUAGAUUUUAAGCACGCGACGCUGCGAUGCCAGGGGAACAAUUGACGUUGUAAUGUGACAACAGUUGACUGCAGCAACAACAACGAGAGCAACAACAUCGUCCUCUACUAUAAUCAGAGCAACAAUAACAGGUGAAGCGAUGCACGCUUUUUAAUUGACAUUUACUCGAGUCGAACAACGUUGUACAGCAAUUAGCUGACUGCCUGAUAAAAGUUGAAAGAGGCGAAAAGAGACGAAAGUAAAAAGCGAAAAGCGUAAAACAAUUGCUAACGACAAAUUAAAAAAAAACAACAACAACACAAACUCAAAACAACAAUUGAAAAGGUGAUGGCCAAGUUGAUAUUUAAUUAAAUAUUCAGCAUUUUUAGAGGCGACGCUGAAAAGUAGGCAACGCUUUUUCCAACCUAUCGCGUUCGCUCUCUCUUAAAGCAGAGCCAAAAAACAAUGGCCGCCAUUGCGGAAACAAUGGCAACGCAAACGUUAAAGCUGUCAAACUGUUGACAGUUGUCACAUGGUCGACCAGAGGAGCGCACGUGACGCAAAAAUCGUGCCAGGAAAGGGCAACUGGUGAACGUGAGUGAAUGAGUGAAUGAAUGAAUAAAUGGCAGGCAAAUGAAUGAAACGGCCAAACGUUCGCCAUAUUCAAAAAUUGAGGCAACAGCGGCAAACGGUCAAUACGCUAAACAUCUGCACGUACAACGCAUAAAUUUUAAGUGAAAUUAAAGGCAGUUGCUUCCCAAAAAAAAAGUCUAAAAAAAGAAAACACCAAAAAAAGUUAUAGACAAUCAUUGCCAACCAGGCAUAAAGUCAGCCGAGGCACUAAAAAAACACAAAAACAAAAAACAUGAAGCAUGCGCGCAACUGUGAUCUGCCAACCAUGGCCAUUAUUGGAAUAUUGCUGUUGUCUAUUUCAACCGUGGGUGGUACGCACUCAGUGUCCUUGACAAACGCCGCGGCCGAAGAACAGGAGCUGCAACUAUCGCUGCAUCGACAUCUGAGUUUUAAGAGCGUGCAACGCAUGCUGCGCGAUGAAAACGAGCCCGCCAACUAUAAAAGCGAACUACGUUACUAUCAGAAGCGGGAGACGCAGACGCAACAUGAACUCCACAAGCGUGAGAUAAAAAUGUCCACAGCAUUGCUCAAUCUCACGGCUCAAGGACUGACAGCCUACGACAGUCAGAAGAACUAUCAAGGACAGUUUGAACUCGUCACCCACAUGGAUCUGAGCAACAAUAAAUUAAGCAGCCUUAAACUGGAUAACUUUGUGCAACUGAAACAGCUGGAUGCGAGCAACAAUUCACUGACAACGCUGCCUGCUGCUGGCUCAAUGUUAGUCACUUUGGAUCUCGCCUGCAAUCGCUUGGGUCAGCUUUCGGCUAGCUACUUUGCCCAACGAAUGCCGCAACUCAAACAUCUCAAUCUGGCGCACAACCAACUGGGAAAUAUAUCGCGACAGGCAUUCUACAAUUUGAACAGCCUCGAAACGCUGUUGCUGAGUCACAACAACAUCACGGACAUCGACUAUGAAACAUUUCUGGCAUUGCCAAAUCUACAACACUUGGAUUUAUCGCAUAAUCAACUUAGCGGCUCGGCCAUAAGAGCUCUACAGGGUAUUCCCGAUCUUGUGAGUCUCUCGAUUUCACACAAUCCACAAGUGGGCACGGCCAUGCAGGAGUUUGUCGCCUCGUGGAGUCUCAAAGAGCUGGACGCUAGUGGCACAGGACUCUGUCAAGUGCCAGCUGCAUUGGCGCAAUCUGUGCGCACGCUCAAAUUGUCGCACAACUGGCUCAAGGCUAUUAACUGCGGUGAUCUAGACAGCUAUCCCUUGCUGCAAUAUUUGGAUCUAUCCUACUCGCAAAUUGCCCAAGUGGAGGACGAUGCGCUCGGUCGCCUCGAGCUGCUUGAAAUACUCUUUCUCGAUCACAACAGUUUGAUGCGUGUGCCCAGUACUUUGCCCACUUCUCUGGAGCAUCUGUUCAUGCAACACAAUCACAUUAUGGAACUGCAGCCACAGGCAUUCGCCGCACUAAGCAAUUUAAAAACCCUCGAUUUGUCGGGAAAUCGUUUACUAUAUUUGCCAGCGCUGCCGUUGCCCAAGCUACUCACGCUUAAUUUGCAAUCGUCGGGCAUUGAAAGCGUUAGUCAGUCGAUUGUGCAUACUCUGCCGCAGUUGCGGGAUCUUUUGCUGGAGGAUAAUCCCAUUAGGUGCAGCGAUCUGCUGGGCAUUGCCGAGUGGGCGAGUCCGUGUCGUAGCCCCGAUAUGGGUCAAUCACCGGGUCGCAUCGAUUUGAAGAGUCGUUUCGUGCAAUCGCAGAACUUUUAUGAGCCCUUCAGCAGUCAAUGUGGACGAGAGGGAACGAAAGACGACGCGCAGCAAGAUGAAUGGACUAAAUCUAUGCCGCCCACUUGCGGCCUGGCAGCAACAGCAGCAGCAACAACAACAGCACCAUCAACUAUGCUCAAAGUGCACAAGUCAAAGGCAGCAGCAACAGCAACAACAACCAUGGCAACACUAACAAGUGCAAUGCAAUCAAGCGGCAACAACAUUGCGCUAGUAACCGCAAAAACUUUAGGGCCAGUUGAAACAACUUCGUUAGUGAAGCUGCAGCGCCAACAAAUGCCUGGCAUGCCAACUGCAGCAACAACAACAACAGCAACAAUAACAACCACAGCUCUUAGUCAAACAGCAACAGCCAGUGGCAUGCCAAGUUUGGUGGCAGCAGCAGCAACUCUUGCUGCCAAUCGCACAAACAUUUUGGCAGCACAACCAGCAGCAGCAGUCAGUUCACUGCCGCCAGCGACGAGUCGAGCAGACGCUGUAAAUUCAACUGUAGCAACAACAACAACACCACCAAAAAGACUCGCCAUGCCAACUCACAUUAGCGAUGUUGCUGCGGUUGCCACAACAGCAACACAAGGCAAUGUGCCACAAACAAUUUCGACGCUUAUAACUGCCAAAGAAGAAAGUCAAAAGCUGUCUAAUAAUACAGCAAACAGUUUAUUAAAACUGACGACAUCGACAAUCGAAACGCCCAGCGAGACAUCCGGUCAAGAGGUGGCAUCAUCGACGUCGAUUCCGAAGGCACAGUCACAGCCACAGCUGCAACAUAAGCAUGCCACAUUGCAGUUGCACAUUAAAAACCGUCAUCUAAUUGGUACGCCCUUGCUGAUGCACAAGGGCGAUAACCUGCUCGUGGAUGCCGAGCAGUUGCUGCUGCCCGGUACGGCAACAGUGGCGGAUGCGGAAACAUUGGAUGCCAGCCAGCAGCGACAGGAAGCGACUGAUAAGCGACAGCCGGAUGUAAUAAAGGGCGACACAAAGGCUACAUCGCUGGAGACGACGACAGAGAAGACAGCAGCAUCAACAGCAGCAUCAGCAACAAAACCAACAACAGAAUCAGCAGCAACAGCAACAUCUACAACAGCAGCCAAAACGCACAAGAAAAAGAAUCCCUCGCUAAGCAUCAAAAAGAUGACCUACAGCACAAAGCACGCAACAACUAUGAAAACAGCAGCAACAACAACAACAACAACAAUGCGAGCAGUGACAACAACAAGUAGCGAACACCAACAGCAUCAACACAGCAGCGUGAAUACGCCAAAUGCUGUGAAACAAGAGCUCAGCACAUUCGCCCAACUGAAGGCCUUUGUAGAUCUCAAGACGGAAGCCUCGAAGUCAGCACAUCUGCUGGACACACGCCAGGAAACACAACAAACCCUGCCUGGCAGUCAUCCGGGUCUUAUGCUCUUGCUGGCAUGCGUCCUGGUCAUUGUCCUGUUGGCGGGCCUGGCGCAUGUUUAUCGCUGUGAGCUUCCGUGGCAACGCAGCGGACGCACCGGACAGACACGACCGCAUCAUCAGCGCCAGUUCAAUGAGAACGACGAUGUGCACAGCUUUCUGCACUAUCAGGGAUCGAGCAAUACGGAUCCAGCACGUCUGCAAGCCUGGCAUCACAGCACUAGACGCGAAGCACCCUACAGCUCGCCUCUACACAAUCUGCAAGCCCGCGAAUUGCAGCGCGAACAGCAGAAGCUGCAAUUCUACAGUGCCUCCCUAGCUGACAGCUCCAUUGGCAGUGGAAGUGGCAGUGGCAGCGCCUGCUCCUCGGGCAGCAGUCGCUCGAGCUUGCACUCGCCCAGCAAUGAGGAUAGCUACUACAUUGAGAUGGCACCCAGCAGUCCCAAUGCGGCGGCCAAUUCACUGUCCAGUCUACCCAUGGAGCUGCUGAGUGGCAGUCGUAGCAGCGGCAAUGUGGUAGCCACAGAAUUGGGAGGUGGUGGCGCCACAUUGACAUCGCCAACGACGCUCAGAUCAGUGAGCAGCAAACUGAUGGCGCCCAGUUCGCGUCGGUUGGGCAUCUGGUGACAAACCGUCUUCGGACAGCGACAAUACGCACCCUUCCAGUAAUUCAAUGGCAAAUAGAAAUCAUUAUUCUUAGUUUUAAGCAAGAAUGAGAGACAAGUCCCAACUGCCCUCUGCCAGCUGCCACUUGCCAGCUGCCAACUGCCAACUGUCAGUGUCCGACUGGCCGAAAGUGAGUCAUAAAGCUAAAAACAGCAGCAACAAUCUAAAUAAGGGACUACUUGCACCCACAUAGAUAUAUUAUAUAUAUAAAUAUAUUUAUAUAUUUGAGUAUGUGUGUGUACACAGUCUAGCUUGAUUUAUGGCUCUGCGUGGCCGCACACGUGGCAGGCCUCUUAGCGUCUAGGUUAGCAGCAACAAUUUGUCAUAAAGUUGCGUUACGUAUACGCCAAGUAGUCAAGCAGCCAAAUAGCCACCGUGUCCGCCUACCGUCUCCCGCCUCCAUCGCAACCACAACGCCAAUCGACGGCAACUUUUUAUGGGCCAUCGAGCACUCUGAGCAGCGAAAGCCCACUGCCCUUCAAUUUGAUGUCCAUCUUGUGGUCGUAUUUGGGUCAGUUUACUUGAGGCCAACGCCGUGCGUUGUCUAUGUGUAUGUGUGUGUGGGCCAGUUAAGUACGUAUGUGUGUGUGUCUGUGUGUGUGUGUGAGUAUAUAAGUGCCUGUCCGUUGGCCAAGAUUAAGUGCUUUGAUAGUCGUGCAUAUAAAAAUGAAAUAUCGAUAAAGUAUUAAAUAACAAUUUAGUUUAUGACAAGGCUCCAGCUAUCAAUGCGCAUUAUAAGUUCUCAGCAACAGACGCUGAGCAAUGCAGAUUUAAAGAGAAUAUAUUGUAUAUCCAUAUAAAUAAUAACUCAAUUUGUUAUGGAUGUAACUUAUAACUUGUUCCGCAUGAUUACAACAUAUGUAUACUUGAUUGAGCUUCGAAUAGCAUGUCCCAGUUUAAUUAUAGUUUUGCAAUUUCAGCUAUUGCUGCCACUUCCACUUCCACUUCAGCAAUCCUUUUUCGUUGCAAAAGCCAAUAGUUGUAAUUACAUAUAAAAUUCCACACAUGUGGCAGAAAGUAGGGCAAGUAAUUUCCGAGUUAAUCUAAUUGAAGCACAAAGCAUAUUUGUAAAGUGAACACAACACAGCUUACUUCCACUUGAAAUAAAAACUUCAAACAGAAAUUCGUUCUCAAGCAGGCGGCAACUCUUUCCCUAAAGACGUUAAAACUUUUAGUGUCCGUGUCGAUCUUAACCCACUUGCCCAGUUUCCUAUAAGAGAAGUGACUUGCCUUCAAUUGCAAUCUAAUUAAAAUUUCGACUUUGCCUCCGGCUGAAGGAGGACACUCAGUGAAAAACCCUUCAGGAUAUUUUCAUUUUUAUUUUCACCCAUUGUUGUUGAUGCUUUGUAGCUUCUUGUAUCGACACCCUUCGGAACUAAGGGAAUUUCUUUAUUUCCUCAUUCUGCACCCCAUUUUCAAGCUGUAUUUAGCACUUACCGAAGAACUGAACCAAGACACGCCCACGCUCCGCCUCCCACUUAACCUCAUUUUAUAAAUUGACCAAGACAGCAUAUGGUGUAAAUCCCGCCAAAUGGGCAGACAUCUAAUCCGCUACGGCAAAUGUGAAAUGUUGUAAAACUAUUUGAAGAUAUGUGAAAAAUGCCAAUGCCAGUGUCUGGCCCCUGAUCUAACAGAACAACAACAGCAACAACGACAAGCAAAGCUGCUAAGGCCAACAUCAAAAUAAUGUGCCAGCAAAUCAAAUUACAAGACACGCGGCCCCAUUGCCGCACAGCUUUAUCUUCACGAGGGUGAAGUGUGUGGGAUGCCGUCUGAAAUGAUGAUAGGAAGGGGGGCUAAGGGCAGUACAAAUACAAAACACAACAAUUACAUUAAGACACGAUAAAAAGUUGUGCAACAAUCUUGCGAGCUACAGAAACCACAGCAAACCAACUAAAGGACCAAGGACCACAGUCAUUGCACAGUUUUUCAACUUUUUGUGGCUUUGUAAUUGGAAUACAAGAACAAGGCGCGUGCACACGAGCAACAGGAAGAUAGAUAAAGCUGCAAAAGAGAACGAGAGUGUGAGAAAAAGAGGUGGUGAGGGGUGAGGAAACAAAGAGAGAGAACGAAACGAAAGAGAAAGAAUACUUCUAACAACAGGCGUUCAAGCGUUCGUCUUAAGCAAUUCAGAAGGAUUUAUUUUCGGCCACAAAAGCGAAAUGCCGAGCAAAGCGGGCUAACAACAAUUAAAGUAAUGCUGACCAACAAUCUAGGCCCGAUUGGGUGGGAUUACCACCGACAGUCGGACCGUCCGACCAUCCGACCGACCGUCGUCCAUCCGAACCAGAGAAGUGCCAUAGACGCACAAAAUCUUAAUUAAGGAAGUUCCAAGUGGGCAAGUGUCAGACUAUGCGGCACUUGGAGGGUUGAGGCUGCCUUUUUAUACUCAUUUUGCCAGCACAGCACAAAACUGGACUACAAUGGCUCUACAAUAGACCCAGGCAACAAGCCAACGCACACAACCCACGUGUCCAGUGCUCGGGCAUUGUCAAAUUUAAUGAAGGUUUUCAUGCUUAUGACAUGCGCAGCUGGCCAAGAUUUAGUAACUUUUUUAAGAUGACUCCCACCAGCACCAGCAGCAGUAGCAGCAGCAGCAAAGGCCUUCCUAAAAUUCCGACAACAAACUCCCAAUGAGUUAAUUCGAUAUUUGACACUUUUGGGUCACAUUCCCCGUACGGAAUUUUAGUGCCUCUUUCUCUCUCACACUCUCGGUACUGUGGAGAACAGUUAAUAAAGUUUUGUUGAGUCCGGCGUAAUUAUUUGCCUGCUAAAUGGCUUUUAGACGACAUUUCUGGGCCAUAAAUGGGGGCGAUUCACCAAGUUAUGUGAAAAUAAGUUGCUUUUUCCUGGCCGCUGGCCAUUGGCCAUUUAUAUAGUCGACAUUUGGCAUUUGGCAGUUGGUUGUUCGCAGCUCUCAGUUGGCAGCUAACUGUGGCUAGAUCGUAAAUAAAGGUACAUAAUUGGACAUUGCCAAAAUGUAAAACAAUAUCCAUUGAAGCCAACAAUAAUUAAACUUAAUUGUGUUGUACAUUUUAAAUUCCGAAUGUAAAAAAAGAGAUCACGAAUAUUAUAUAAUGAAUACAUGGCGAAUAGUUUAUACAAAUUGCAAUUUAAAAUAUUCUGUGUUGAAUAAAUAUUAAGAUAGAAAACAAUAAAUAAAACGCAAAAGCAAAUAUUUGCAUUUCAUUUUGCGCAUUUUACCAACUUGUAAAUGCCACAAAAGCAACAACACCAACAGCAACAACAACAAAACUAACAACAACCGUAACAUCAGCAGCAACUAAUUGCCAAAUAUUGAAAAAAAGACAAAGAAUAAAAUAAAAUUGAAAAAAAAUACUAAUAAAAAUACAUAAAACUAAAAAUGAACAAAUUGUAGCAUAAUGCAGAGAAUAUAAAUAUUUAAAACAAAACGAAAACUACUUAUAUUUACAGUUUGAAUAUUUACUUAUUCAGUUUAGGCAAACAACUCUCAAAAUUGACAUAGACAUACGAAUAGAUCCAACAAAAAAAGCAUUUGCCAAAGUAAUAAUACUAAUUUCUGUGUGUAUUUUGUAAAUAAGUAGAUUAUUUAAUCUAAUUAUAGAGAUUUGUGUAGUAGCUCCUCGAAAUUGAAUCGUUUGCUAGACAUUUGCUAAUACUAGUGCAGCCAACAUCUUGGCACAAGGCGUUAAAUAUAAAUAUGAAGUAAAUACAGAAAAUUGAAGACGAUAUUAAAAGUAAAUAAUAAACAUUAUAUGUAUUAUGUAUAUAGCUUAUAAGUAAUAAUAGAAAGACGAGAGAAAGCGCAGAGAAGCCAAAUUUUAUGAGAACUUCUCAAAUCGAACAUUUUAAUGGCAUCCACGAAAAAUGCGAAAUAAAAA